UUGACCCCUAAAACUUAUUUGAACGAACAGACGGUGUCGGUGAGCCCCCGUUUCUCUACCAGCAACUGAGAGAUUCCGAUUGUGAGCGAUCGGAUCGGACCCCUAAUGGCGGCAUCGAGGCGGCUGCGGGACCUUCAAUCGCAAACUGGGAACAAGGUCUGCGUCGACUGUUCCCAAAAGAACCCUCAAUGGGCGUCGGUUUCCUACGGAAUCUUCAUGUGCUUAGAGUGCUCUGGCAAGCACCGCGGCCUCGGUGUUCACAUCUCAUUCGUCCGAUCCGUGACAAUGGACUCCUGGUCCGAGAUCCAGAUCAAGAAAAUGGAGGCCGGUGGGAAUGAGCAGCUCAACGCCUUCCUCGCCCAGUAUGGGAUCCCUAAGGAGACCGAUAUCGUCACCAAAUACAACACCAAAGCCGCCGGUGUUUAUAGGGAUCGAAUUCAAGCCCUAGCCGAGGGCCGACCCUGGCGGGAUCCACCUGUCGUCAAGGAGAACCUCGGGGGUGGGAAGUCGAAGCCCCCUUUGGGGCAAACCAGAAACGGUAAUUAUGGGAGCAAUGGAGGAUGGGAUAGUUGGGACAAUGAUGACGGGUUCAAGUCCUCCUCCAGUGGUGAUAUUAGGCGAAACCAAUCCACUGGCGAUGUUAGAGGUUUUGUCGGAGCGGGCGGCGCGCCGGUAAGGUCGAAGUCGACCGAGGAUAUCCACACGCGGUCGCAAUUGGAGGCCUCCGCCGCGAACAAGGAGAGCUUUUUCGCGCGAAAGCUGGCGGAGAACGACUCGCGCCCGGCAGGCCUCCCCCCCUCGCAAGGUGGUAAAUAUGUUGGCUUCGGAUCGACUCCCGCGCCUUCUCAGAGGAAUGAUCCGCAAAGCGAUGUCCUUUCUGUUGUUUCUCAGGGGUUUGGUAAGCUAUCCUUUGUUGCUGCCUCUGCGGCCCACUCAGCUGCGAAUGUUGUCCAAGCUGGUACAAAAGAGCUCACUUCUAAGGUGAAGGAGGGUGGCUAUGAUUAUAAGGUAAAUGAGACUGUUAACGUUGUCACUGCAAAGACAUCAGAGAUUGGACAUAAGACAUGGGGGAUCAUGAAGGGAGUCAUGGCAAUAGCUUCACAGAAGGUUGAAGAGUACACUAAAGAAGGCAUCAACUGGAAAACUGAUAACUGGCAACGGAAUGAUGGUGAGACAAAUGGAUAUUAUCAAGAGUUUAAACAGGAGAACAAAGGAUUGAAUUCAUCUUCUGGAGGAGGGCAGUCAUCAUCAACUGGGCAUAAUUCUUACAGUUCAAGUUCUUGGGAUGAUUGGGACACCAAAGACAACAGAAAGGAAGAAUCAACAAAGGGAGCAGCAUCCCAUAACAGUGAUGGUUGGGCUGGCUGGGAUGAUGCCAAAGAUGAUGGAUAUGAUAAUUUCUACCAGAGUGCCUCUGAGAAGAAAGCCGUUGGUCAGAAUGGGAAAUCGGAUGCAUCAUGGACUGGGGGAGGUUUUCUCUAAGGUGGACUUGUGUCGUGGUUUUAGCAAAUUCCUGCAUUUUAAGUAAAUGGUGGACAAAAAUUAUAGUAGCACGAAAGCUGGUGGCUUGCCGUGGCGAUUCUAAAAAUGAUGAACGUGAAAAUUAGAAUGCAGCUGAUAAGAAAGUUGUUGGUUGCGAUUGGAUCAAAUCCAAUAUGGAUAGGUGAUGCUUUUUUCAAGGUUCGCAUAUUUUCAUAAACUCUUCUUUUUUCUUCUGUAUUAAAUCUGAUAAAAAGUUUAAAAUGUAAUUUCUGUGGAACAUCUUAUUUGUUUGAGAAUAGUUUAUAUCUGUACAACUGUUAUCAGGGAAAGGAUGAUUGCCAAUCAGACGAGGGGUCUACUCUGUUUGAGGAAACAUUAUUUGUGACCUGAAAACUCAACUUAUCUUUUGAUUUGUCCUCUCAA